AUGAACGACCAGUACCGGCGGCAGAGCCAGGGCUCCGAGGCGGCGCCGACGUCCUCCUCGCGCCCGACUCUGGGCUUUCCGCUGGGGACCGCGCUUCUGCUCAUCGUCGUGUUCUGCCUCAGCGGGGCGCUUUCCUGCUUCUACCACUGGGAGAAGCUCCGGCCUCUUCGCCGGAGGCGCGAAGGAGACGAGGAGGAGGACAGCAGCCGCCUCAACAGUGGUUCCCGAGGUGUGCCUUCCCCGCCUGCGAAGGCCGGGGUCCCGAAUCAGGUGCGUUGUCUGCCUUCGGGUCUACGGGGGAUACACUGUCUAGGAUCGUGGGGUGGUUGUUAACAGUAGCGGCAUCGGGUGAACAGAAGAAUUCUAGGUACACUGACAACAUGGGGAACUGAUUCGAUAGCUAGAUCUAUUUUUACUUAACUGUCUGCCGCCGGUUUUGGACGCCAAGAAUCACGACCAUUAAGCAACUAUAUAUCUAUACACGGUCGGUUCGAGGCGCGGGUUUGUCUCUCAUGCUGGUGGAGUCGUGCUAGCUUCGUUUUCCACGGUCUGGUCACCCGUCGAGGUCAACAUUUCAUUCGAAUGCUGCUAGAAGAUUGCCCAAACAUGCCUAGAAGUGGGCCUUGUUGGGUUGUACUAAUUAGAAUGGCAAAGUGGGGUGUGUCUCAGAUCGGAGAGACGGUGUGGUGCAGGUAGGAUAUGCGAUCCAGCAGGCCAUUUUAGUUUAGUUGAAUGCGCUUCGUGACGUAGGGAAGGGAGGCGCUGUGUCGGGGUCCGCGCCCACUGCCUGCCCGGCCGUCCCUGAUCGUAGCGCCACCAUCGUCGAGCUGCGCUAGGAUGGAUAAAGGCAGAAAGGCAGGGAGGUAGACACGCUGGGGGCCCUCCUCUCCGCGCCAACACCCGACCGGGAGGUGGGUGGGGGGUGCUCGACGGAGGGGAGAUCCUGCGGAAUAUACCUCGAGUAUGUCACUAACGUGACCUCCUUUUCUCUUUAUAUCCGACGGGCACAGCAUGUGAUGCAGGAGGAGCGAAGCGGGAGCUGCCCGGUGAUAAUGCCGGGUGACCAGGUGCCCACAUUCAUCGCCUGGCCGUGCCCUUGUGAGCCCCUCUCGUCCGCUGCUCCACCACCGCUGCCGUCCGCGCCGCAGCUGGGCGGGAUGACCGUCGACGCGCCGCCUCGGGAGACUCCGACACCGUCAAUGGCCGUUGCAUGCGUCACGGCGCCGUCCAACGCGCCUCAAGCGGGGGUGGCGUAG